AUGCAUGCAAAAUGGAGCUACGAGCAGAAAGUUAUAGCAGGUCAAACAUGUGCACAUGAUGUUGAAAAUCUGGGACUUAGAAGAAAAUAUACCCUCCGAAACUGGACGGGGUCGUGCGGGACGGAGAGAUCCGGUUCGGGCGCGGGGCGUUUGGAUGACCGUGUUGGUGGAUCUGAUCCACCUUCCGGUGGAUCCGGCGACGACUACUCCGGCGAGCUCCUGCCGGCGACGAGACGCCGGCGCGGCGAAGCUGGAGGAGGCCGGCAAGGGGGCGAGGCGGAUCCGGGCGCGCCUGUCCGGAUCUGGCCGGAGGAGAUCCGGCGGCGGCGAGCUCCCGACGAGGGAGUCCGCGGCGACCGGCGGCGAAGGGCGGACGGAGGCAAGGCGACGGGCGCCGGCGGGAUCCGUGGGGACGACGCGGGCGCCGGGCCGCGGGGUCCUGGGGGGCGGCGCGGCGCACCCCGGCGACGAACGGGCGGCGGCGGCGCAUCAGAGUGGGUGGCGGCGGGCGGAGGUCGCCGGCGCGGGGGCAAGGCGCUCGGGCCCGGGAGGCGCACGGGCCAGGCGGCGGAGAUCCGGGCCUGCGGGAGGGCGGCGGCGCUGACUCGGGCCGGGAGGGCCCCGCGUGGGCUCGGCGGGCCGGCGGCGGUGACGUUGCCCGACGCUAAUGGCUUGGGGCGGCGGCUGGACAUGUCCGGCGCGGCGGAGAUGCGUCCGGUGGCGCGGAGGGAGUGGUGCUACGGUUUCAACCGUGAAUUUGGAGGGGAGGGACUAAUAUAUAGGUAG